AUGGUUAUCCACGGGUGGUCGCAGAAGGGUUCUCUACCCUUGCAGUUUUACAGAUUGAGAAGAAAGCGGUGCGCCUCAGCUCUGCAGGGAGCACUUGUUUUUCGGAAGCUAGCUUUGGGAUUUGGAGGAGCGAGCUGGGGAGGCGGUUCCCGCAGCGGCCUGAGGAAGUGCCCUUGCUUGCUCCCCUCUCCCAGAUACCCAGAAUCUUCGGCACAAACAGCCCGGGGAGAGGAGGGCACAGGAGGAGGCCUAGGGCCUCUGCGAAAAGCCGUGCUUGUCUCCGGCCUUCUCGCGGCCCUGAGAGAGGCCCGGGGAGGAGCCCAGGCAGACUUGGGAGCAGGGCACAUGUGGCCCUGCGGCAGCUACUGGGUCAGUAACGGGCCCCCGGGGCCUCGGCUGAGCCACGCCACAGGGCGCCCUGAGGCCCGCGUGCCACCAGUGUGUGUCCUGACGGGAGCCUCGCCCCGGAACCUUCCCAGGCCGCGGCUACCAUGUUUCAAAAGGAGCUGGGGCAGCCACACACACCGGUUCUUCUAA